CAGGUCACCAGAGAUCAUAUCCGGUCAGACCCCCUCCGUGAGCAGCCCGUGAGCCGUGUGCCAGGUACUGCAGGUAUUCUUGCUUUAGGCGUACCGGAGGAACGCACGCUACGCAGACAAGAUGAGGGGACUUCUGCUAUUGUGUGGUGUCCUGGGGUGUGCUCUGGCACAGAGAGACGCAACCCCUGGGCCAACUCCUGGUACACCAGGGACUUUCCUGAUCAUGGCCCCCAAAGUGGUACGUCCUGGUCGCCCCCUGACCAUGAGUGUGUCCAUCCUGGACCCCGCUGCGGCCAGUGUGCGGGUGACCGCCACCCUUCUGCAGAACGGCAGACCGACUGGAACACCAGUGUCUGGAGACUUCAGUCCAGGUGCUGAAGGAACUCUAGAUUUAGUGGUUCCCACAGAUCUGACAGCAGGCAAUGCCUACAAGCUGCAGGUGGAGGGCACCGGUGGGCUGACCUUCACUGAGGAGAAGGACCUGACCUUCAACUCCAAGUCCUCCUCCAUCUUUGUACAGACUGACAAGGGAAAGUACAAGCCUGGACAGACAGUAAAGAUGAGGGCCCUUGCUGUGGAUGCAGAGCUGAAGACCAAGAAGGAACUAUUUGACAUUGACAUAUUUGAUCCACAAGGUAACAAGAUAGUGCAGUGGCGUGGACUGCAGAAUGAUGAUGGCUUGGUAGAGAAGCAGUUCCCUCUGUCUGAUCAGCCACUUCUGGGAGAGUGGAAGAUUGUAGCCAUGUCUGGGGGAGAUCAGGUUGAGCAGCCCUUUGGUGUGGAGGAGUAUGUCCUUCCCAAGUUUGAGGUGACCAUCAGUACCAACUCAUUCUUUAUCAAAACCGAGGAUAACCUGCAUGGCACCUUCAAUGCCAAAUACACGUAUGGAAAGAAUGUUGAAGGUCAGGGGAAGGUGACUGCCAUGCUGAGGAAUCCAGGCAGUCCCUUUAGGCCAACUGACAAUAGAAUUGAACUUCGUCCUGUUGAUCUGACUGAUGGAAGUGGAAGUUUCCAGCUCUCUCGUGGAGACAUUGAGGGCCUGUAUCAUUACACAGAUCUGUAUUAUGGUGGCUACCAACUGGAACUGAUUGUAGAGGUGACAGAGGGUCUCACUGGAAAUACACAGCAGGCUACGAAAGAGUUGGACCUGGUACAGACCAAGUACAAGCUGGAGUUCUUCAACACACCUGACAACUUCAAACCAGGGCUUCAGUAUACUGCUUACGUGAGGACAUCGUACCAUGAUGGCACCCCCAUGCUUGGAAUGGAUCUUUCCCGACCUGUCACUCUGACAAAGCGCUAUGGCUAUGACGGCCCAACACCCCCUCCUGCAGAGGAGCUUACCAUUCCUUCAUCAGGGGUGAUCAAGAUAGUCAUGGAUGUGCCCUCUACGGCAAGCUCUGUGUCACUUAGUGUAACGUACAAUGACAUGUCGGAGACAGCAAGUUCGCAUACUGCCAACAAGGCAGAGUCACCCUCCAGCAGCUACAUCCAGGUCACUACAAGCACUCCAGAGGUCACGGCCGGAGAAACUGCCCAGUUCACAGUCAGGAGUACCACUCCCAUUGCCUACUUCUCCUACCAGGUCCUGUCCAGAGGCAACAUUGUGGUGGCAGGCAGGGUUGAUGUGACUCCAGAAGACACGCUGAAGUCCUUCACUGUUCCCACCGACGCCCAGAUGGCCCCCUCCUCCCGUAUGGUGGUGUACUGGAUGACUGACACAGGAGAGAUCUGCAACGAUGGACUGUCGUAUACAGUCAAGGGAGCCUUUGAGAACCAGGUUUCCCUGAGCUAUGACAAGGACCGUGCGGAGCCUGCGGAGGACAUCGCUGUGACAGUUCGUGCUGACCCUGACUCACUGGUGGCUCUGCUGACGGUGGACCAGAGUGUCCUGCUCCUGGCAAGUGGCAACGACAUCACUCAGGACAAGGUAUUGGCUGAGCUUGACCAGUACGAUCCUGCUGAGGACAGCUCAAACUCAGGCGGACCAGAAAUCAUGUGGCGCCGUCGCAAGAGGUCCAUCUGGUGGCCCAUGCCGACAUCUGGUGAAGAUGCACACAGUGUGUUUGAGAAUGCUGGUGUGAUUGUCAUCACAGAUGCCUUGGUGUUCCAGAAACAACCUGACUACUGGUGGGAUUUUGGUGGUGGCCCGUUUCCGGGAGUGCUAGACAACAUAAUGUUUGGACCUCAGUUGGAGGCUGCUGGUGCUGGUGGUGAAGUUGAGUUUGUGAUUGGUGGAGGUGGAGGUGGCUCUGCUCUGCAGGAGGUCAAACAAGUGCGGUCCUUCUUCCCUGAAACCUGGCUGUGGAACUGUACAAGAUCUGGGGCUGAUGGUACAGCUGUGUUCUCCUCGACAGUGCCAGACACCAUCACAUCCUGGGUAGCCAGUGCAUUUGCUCUGAACGAUGUCAGUGGUCUUGGGGUGGCAGAUACACCUGCUUCGAUGGAGGCUUUCCGUCCAUUUUUCGUGUCGCUGAACCUGCCCUACUCUGUGGUCAAUAAAGAGGAGACAGCAAUUCAAGCCCUGGUCUUCAACUACAUGGAUGUGGACAUGGAUGUGACCGUGACCUUGAAGGGGGACAGUGGCUUCAGGCAUCUUGUGAUGGACACAAAUGAUGUCAACGCCAUCGGCUCUGAAGUGGAAGGUGAUCAGGCCGUGGUACUGACUGUUCCAGCUGGUUCCUCCAGGUCCAAAUCCUUCCCCAUCCUCCCCAAGCAUUUUGGGGCUAUCCCCAUCAAGGUGAUGGCCCAGUCGACACUGGCUGCUGAUGCUGUGGAGAGGCAGCUGCUUGUAGAGCCUGAGGGAGAGCAAAAAGAGUACACCAAGUCUUUCAUACUUGACCUUGGUGACAGCGGUAAUGGUGACAUCACAAAGGACAUGUACCUGUCUGUGCCUACAAAUGGCCUGGUGGCUGGGUCAGCGUAUGCUCGUGUGUCUGUUAUGGGUGACAUGAUGGGCUCGACCAUCAGUGGGCUGGACAGUCUCCUGCAGAUGCCAUAUGGCUGUGGUGAACAGACCAUGAUCACCUUUGCACCCAAUGUCUAUGUGAUGCACUACCUGAACGAGACGAACCAGGUCACCCCAGAGAUUGAGGACAAAGCCUUGAAGUUCAUGGGCGCAGGUUAUCAGCGUGAACUGACGUACACAAAAGAUGACACACAUACUCUCAUGUCCUUCAGUGCCUUUGGAAGCAAUGAUCCCUCUGGAAGCACAUGGCUGUCAGCAUUCGUGCUCAAGUCCUUCUCGCAGGCAGUAGAUUACAUCUACAUUGACCCAAAGGUUCUGGCCAAGACCGUUCGAUGGCUGAUGAACCAACAGCUGGACACUGGGGUUUUUUCAGAACCAGGCAAUGUCAUCCAUAAGGAAAUGCAGGGAGGGCUGUCCUCUGACGUGACGAUGACGUCCUAUGUUCUGGCCGCCCUGAUGGAGUACGACAAGAUUGCGGCUGAUAGUGAUAAGGUGGAUGUGACCAGAGCCAAGGAGCGAGCUGUAGCGUUCCUGGAGGGUAGACUUGACAGGGAGACAGAUGUUUACACUAUCGUCACCAUGACCUAUGCCCUUACGCUGGCCGGCAGUAGCCAGAAGGAUGCUGCCUUCCAGAAGAUGGACAGCUUGGCAACGACAGAUGGGGGACAGAAGUACUGGACUAAGGGAGGAACAGCCACUCCACCCCCAGUCAGCGAUGACCUGAUGUGGAGACCUCCGUACCACAACCCGCCCUCCGCUGACGUGGAGAUGACGGCGUACGCCCUGCUGACAUACCUGGCCAGGGACAGCCUGAUUGAUGGGAUGCCCAUCAUGAAGUGGCUGACAGAACAAAGGAAUGCGUAUGGAGGGUACUCAUCCACACAGGACACAGUUGUGGGGCUGCAGGCGCUGGCCUACUUUGCUGCUGCAGUUCGAGCUGGCGGACUGGACAUGACAGUUACCAUCACUUCAAGCACAGACUCUACCUUCUCUCACACUUUCACCAUUAACGACCAGAAUGCCAUCGUGUUGCAGCAAGUGGAGAUCCCUAAUGUGAGUGGAACCCUUACUGCACGUGCCCAGGGACAGGGAAUGGGCCUGCUGCAGCUCUUUGUGCGGUACAAUGUUGACAUGGUGGAAUCAGUCCCUUCCUUUGCUCUGAGAGCCACUGUCCAGAACAGUGACACCAACUCUGUCACCUGUGAGGCAUGUGGAACGUACCAGUUGGGUGGGAGCAGUGGCAUGGCAGUGAUGGAGAUAGGCAUUCCCUCUGGCUUCUUUGUGGAAGAUGCUGACCUGAUGGCUCUGGUGGCGAACCAAAACUUGCCAACUCUGAAGAGAGCUGAGCGCUCAACCGACAACAAGAGGGCUGUUCUCUACUUUGAUGAGAUGAAUGCCAAUCCCACCUGUGUGACCCUGACAUCCCACCGUUCCAUGCCAGUCGCCAAGACUCAGCCGUCUGUCGUCAAGGUGUAUGACUACUACAAGCCAGAGGACAAGGCAUCAAAUAUAUAUCAGUCGGACACCCUGAAGAACACCAACAUCUGUGACGUCUGUGCCGACUGUACUGGAUGCCGCACCCGACAGGGGCCAAGAUCGGCCGCAGCCGCCCUCGCCAUGGACACCUUUUUGGGCGUGAUGCUCCUGUUACUGACCAGGCUUUUUGUCCGCUAACGGAGUAACGCCGCCCGACCAACACUCAUAAGGAAUGCCUGGAUGUGCCUCAAUUGCUAAUUGGUAACAAAACUAAGAUUUUGUAAUUUUCAGUUUGCACAUUCCAUAUUUUAAUUCAUCAUGUUGUCAUUCUAGUUUGAUUUGAGGUGAAUCUUUCACAGUAGAAAGAUAACAGUGUGCAAAGCUUUUUGUGAUUCUGUACUUAGGAUGUAAGAGUCUGCGUAAAAUUUUUGUUCAGAGGUAAUCCCCGCCAAUGACCGAACAUUCACAUAUUUCUUAUUCCAAAGAAUUGAUGCACAUAAUAUGGUUAUCAAUGUUUUAGGCUGGGAUCUUUUCACCUUUGUUCCAUGCCUUAUCAAUACAACACAAGCAUUUCUCCAUAAAGCUACUGGCUUUCCGAAGAACUUGUUUGCAUGGUCAACAAUACCAAUAUAGAUUAAUAUACAAAGUUUCUAAUUCACUGUGCUUAAAUUUAUUUAAAAUUACAAUUGAAUGUACUUUUUAACGAAUUAUCUUAGUCCAAAAUAAAAAUGUUCAAGUUUUAACCACCAGUAAUAAUGGCUUGGAACUUUGUUGGAGUGACAAACAAGCCUCCAAAAGUUGAGAGUUUAAAUGAAGUGGUCAUCAAUUAAAGUCACAGGGUAAUCAAGACCAUCAUAUUUAAUGUGGUGUAUAAUUUAGAAAGAUGUGCCUAUCCUUAUUAUUAACUGUAAUAUAGUCUAAAGGAAGUCUAACAAAGUUGGAAUAGCUGCUGAGCAAGGGCAAAAUUGCCCAAUAUGAAUAUGGGAUAGAUGUAUAUCAGCUCUAUGAAAUCUACUGAUCAUGUGUAGACAUGAUUUUCUCUUCUGUGCAAUGUAUCAUCUUAAAGAUAGAAGCUGCUUUAAUAAAAUUUGGUAUCAGAAA